CCGCUUGAUGCUGGAUCUCUCCCGCCACUCGUCAAUACAGCUCACAGCCGCCUGGCCCUGCCUCGUCGGCCUGGGUCGCUGAAGCAAGGCCUGGGGGUGCAGAGGCAGGCCGCCGCCGGCUGCCGACGCGUGUGGCACUGACCGCCGCCACCGACGUUGCUCCGGACUCGGCCUGCCGCCGCCGCUGCCGACCACGCCAGGCAGGAUGGCGGCGGAGGAGGGCAAGAAGCCUCUGGCGCGCUCCGUGGAGAGCCUGGGCUGGCUGGCGUCCAGCGGAGUGCAGCCCAGGAAGCGGCGGGAGAUUGAAGGCGUGGGCGCCGCCAGCCUGAUGGCGCUGCAGGCGCAGGUGGCCAAGGCGCAGCAGGAGGCGUCGCUGGUGCGGGAGGGCAAGCUGGAUGCUGAGGAGCUGCGGGCCAGGCGCAAGGGCAGCAUGGCGACGCUGCUGGAGCGCAAGAAUGCGGGGGUGGGGGACCGAGACCAGCGGGACAGGCUGGCGCUCAAGACCACCACCGACCGGCUCAGCGAGUCCCGGGCUGCGCUGGAGAAGAAAGCAGCGCUGUACGACAGGCUGGCACGUGGCGAGGUGGACGAUGAGGACGACAAGUACGAAGUCGACUUCCUGAUGAAGGGGACCGGGGGCGGCGCCUGGCGGCAGCCGGAGCUGGACACAACAGGGCUGGCGGUGCACACGCAGACAGGCGGCCUGGUGAGCGGUGACAUGGCGCGGGAGCGGGAGCGGCGGUCGUGGGAGGCGGAGCAGGAGGCGGAGAUGGCGGCGGAGGAGGAGGCGGAGCGGCGGCGCGCGGAGCGGCGGGAGUUACUGAACGAGGUGAUCGACGAGGCGGCAGAGGAGCGGCAGCGAGCGUCGGCGGCGCGGCAGCAGCGGCAGGCCGCCGAGGCACGCAAGCGCGAGCGCCUCAAGGCUGCGCUGCUCCGGAAGCAGCUGGAGCAGGCCAAGCAGCAGCGCGGGCAGCAGCAGCAGCAGCAGCGGCAGCAGGAGGCGGAAGCGCAGUAACUGGCCGGCCAUGCCGAUGAUGCCAGUGCGCUUGCUGUAAUCUCAUUGAGUGUGGC